GGAGAAGCUCACAAGGUUGUCUAGACCGCAUACUCUCCAACAUCCUGUUGCCUGAGCACCAAAAACGAUGAAAUCAGCCUCCGUGAAAUUAAUUUUGAAUGUGCCUAAUCUGUCGUGAUUAUCUUCCUCUUAGUUUCCCUUUUCCUAUCCCUUAACCUCGACCUGCGUAGUUCGUUAGUAUGGACGUCCGCAUCGCAUCCGCCGCCUCCCCAUUUCCUUCUUGAUUGAGACAAUCGCUCUGUCAUAGCAUAGCACUGAACUCGGUGCCAGCUUACAAAGGGGCCGCUUCGAGUACCCUAAUCUCACUUGCGUUGUAUCGCAGAAGGAUCAUGCAUCAGCACCCUCGAUCACCGGCGCCCACCGCGCCCACCUCCACCGCCAGGCCGACUACAUCCCGUUCAAGAGAGCUAGAUUACCGUCCCAAUUCCCCUGCAGCCGAUGUCAGGGUACAGAACAGCAGAGGUCUGGGGAUUGAAACCGAACCUGGCCCGUCAGGGCAGACCGUGCAACCUUCGAAGGAGGCGAUUGCAAAGCUGAACCAGAUUAUAUCGAACUACCACACGAAAGCUGCUUUAAUCAUACUACAUUCGCGCGUUGAGCUUCCACCGUCAUUCAACAAGGGCUCGGACACUCCUCGAGUGAAUCGCUGGUUUAACGUUGAGAUCGAAGAUACAGAUGUUUUGCGAGAACAGCUGCGCACCUGGAGAACUUGUGAUGCCACUGAAAAUCGUCCGCCACCCUUAAUUAUCGAAACAUAUCUCGAUACAAAAGGGCUUACAAAUAAUCAAACCCUCGUGGCCUUGGACGAAAAUGGGAAGCGAUGGGAUGUGUUAGAAGCCCUUGCUGCAUCUCAGCAAGCCCAUCCUGUCAGGCCGCCGUCAUCCAGCUCUGAUGAUGUCAUCUUGGAGCGGUGGAGGGUUGAAUUGGAGGAAACACCGAACAAAUUACCAGCUGACCUUGGAUCUAUCCUACCGACUGUAUACAAGAAAAGCAUUGUUCUCUUCCGAUCAUUAUUCACCUACUCAAAGUUCCUACCAGCCUGGAAGUUCGCAAAGCGCAAUGGAAGGCUUCGAGCAAACCCGGCUCUACGGAUCAAGUACAGGAUCAUAACCGGCGGCGUUAAUCAGCAAUGGUCGAGACCGGAUCAUCUGACUAUGCCUUUGUACGAGAGCAGUAGCAAGGUGGUCGAGACGUAUAGCUUUGGUGUCACAGAAUCGCCUGCGGGUCCAUUCUCCGCUCAAGUCACGUAUCGGACCAGCUGCGAUUUCCGCGUGGAUGACUCUGAAGCUCUGCUAAGCUCGCGAUUUAUGGGCGCCGACGAUGAAAUAUUCCGCCCGUCGCUGCCUACGCGAGUAGUCGAGAAUAAAGCGCCUCACCCCGAGAUAGGGUCGCUACCGCAAGAGAGGAGAACUGUCGAAGACCCUGAUCCAGGUCGGGCAUACGGAAGCCUCUCGACUUUUCACCAGGUUGGACCCACGACCAGUGCAAGUCCGAUAUCAGCUCUCCGGGCUAAAGGAGAGUCAGGGACUUCAUCUCCUUCACCUGGCUCAUCCUCUCGGAAGGCUUCGACAGUUGCUAAAGCUAGCCCUGUGGGACGCGCUGCUGUCCUCGCGAACGAAGGUAGCCCAGGUGUUGUUAGACGCCCGUCUAUAUCUUUUCAGCCAUUCAAAGCACCGCCCUUAUCUGCCUCUCCAUCCCUCGUCGACCCUCCGGUCCCGUCUCCUCGCUCAGUAUCUGGGGUUCGGCCCCCUCCGUCUAUGGCGGCUUCUGCCCGCAAGUCAAUACCGGCAGUGCACGACAAUGCCAUUGCGUCUCCUAGCUCUGCGUCCCCACGGCCGGGCUCUAUCUCGAGGUACAGCAGUGCUUUUACUCAUCGUCGUGGUAGGCAUUCUUCUGGAGGGAUCACCAAAUUGGAGGACGAUAAUUCCAGUGGUAAAGCUAGCGCAACUUCAUCCGCUCACCCAGGCUCCGGCCUACUCGCUGAGGCUACUGGAACCAGUGCCGAUUCUAUUCACGCAGACGAUGAAAAUAUUUCUGAAUUUCUGAAAAUGCUGGACCUACGGAAGGAUCUUCUCAAUGCGCCAAAUUCGGCUGCUCUAGACACCACAGCGCGCAGGACUACGGUCACUUCGGCCGCUUUAACACGCUUCCAACGGAUGCGAGAUUCUAAUGCGGCUCUUUCCGACUCGAUGUCGUCGUCGUUGCUCUUGCAGCGCUCAUCGAAUUCCUCGAGCAAACAGCUCUCCGGAGUUCCACCAAUGGUUGCUGGAACAUCUAUGUCAACGGCAUCUUCACCGGGAAAACCGAUAUCUCCCCACACACCACACACUCCUGCUAUACCGUCUCGCCUUAGCUCUAACAGUAUCGUCGAUUAUAAUCACCCUGAGGGCAAUGGUGCAGGACUCUCUCAGGGACAUGGCUCUCCUCUCGAUGAGAACACCAGCGAUGAGACAACCAUGGAGCAUGGGCCGUCCAUCGUGAAUGCUAUAGAUAUCCCGACAUCACCACGCCUCUUCCCCCCUGCCUACCGCCGCUCUAGUUCUGCUGCACACCGCCCGCGAACAAUCGCAGUUGAUGAUGACGAGAUUUUCCCCUUCAAUCGCAGUGUGAGCCUUGGUGCUGAGGAGAGAUCUAACCUGAGCCUGGGUGCACUCCACCGACAGCAUGAAUAUGAGAGCUCUGGAACAACCACGCAUCAAGCCCGGCGAGAGACACGCCCCUUGUCGUUACAUGAGGAUACAGCCAUACCACCUAAUUCUAUCACUGGUGAACAGGGCUCUCACAAGGGAGUGAUGCCUACAGUAGCCUCUUCUUCUUCAUCCCAUCACCACGUUUACCAGCCACGCUUCAGUCACUCUCGCGGUCGGGGUUCUUCGGGCGGUCAUCAUUCCAUCAGCUCCGGCUCCAGUAGCCUUGCACGUGGUGCUGCCAUCCCCCCUUGCCUUGCCGAGCGCGAGAACGAGCGCGAUGGUAACGGAAGCGGUAGUAAUAGUGCGACCUCGGCAAUGGAGGACCGUCGAGGUGUUGGACGACGACCUAGUGCUGGCCGUGGUGGUCCUCUGCAGGCGGCACAGUUAGAAGAGGAUGAACCUCUUCUAUUUGCCAUGAGCGACUUUGGGGCCUCGCGACGAAGCUUCGAAGAAGGCAGGCAUGGCAACCACGCUCACGAUCCGAGUGGGAACGUCACCGGAUCAAGACGAGGAGGUGGUAGACGUGGCGGUGGCUUCCACGUCUGGUCCUGAAGCUAUGUCUUAUAACUUAUACCCUCCCUCCCGUAACACGAACCUCUCAUCUUUCACCUAACACUUCAUACUCCACCUAUGCCUGCGUACCUUAUUUUCUCCCUU